AACGAGAAUCCGCCGCGGCCGUAUCAUGGAUCCAUCGCCGAACACUAACAAACCGUUCACGGAGACUCGUUUCUCCGACCUCAAGCCUCCACUCUCCGAAGAUAUCAUCCAAACGCUUGGCCCCGGUUUCGAGUUCUGCACUCCGGUUCAGGUCGCGACGAUUCCUUUACUCUGCAGCCACAAGGAUGUUGUCGUUGACGCUGCCACCGGUUCCGGAAAAACCCUAGCUUUCGUCCUUCCCCUUAUAGAGAUUCUCCGUAGAUCCACUUCUUACCCUCCAAAACCUCACCAGGUAAUGGGAGUGAUUAUAUCGCCAACAAGAGAGCUAUCAACGCAGAUAUAUAAAGUGGCACAACCCUUUGUUUCGACUUUGCCAAAUGUUAAGUCUGUUCUACUCGUUGGAGGCCGAGAUGUGAAAGCUGACAUGAAUACUAUCGAAGAAGAAGGAUGCAAUGUCUUGAUUGGCACGCCUGGAAGGCUUUCAGAUAUAAUGGAACGAAUGGAUUUUCUUGAUUUCAGAAAUCUUGAGAUUCUUAUCUUAGAUGAGGCAGAUAGGCUUUUGGAGAUGGGGUUCCAGAAGCAGGUGAACAGCAUUAUAUCUCGCUUGCCAAAGCAACGUAGGACUGGUCUGUUUUCAGCUACACAGACAGAAGGCGUUGAAGAGCUGGCCAAGGCUGGGCUUAGGAACCCUGUGAGAGUUGAAGUUCGAGCUGAGUCAAAGUCUGCAUUGACAAACUUGAAAAUACCUUCUGGUCUGCACCUUGAGUAUUUGGUAUGCGAAGCAGAUAAGAAAUCAUCACAACUAGUGGAUCUCCUCAUCAAGAAUAAAAACAAAAAGCUUAUAGUAUACUUCAUGACUUGUGCUUCUGUUGAUUACUGGUUCCUCGUACUUUCAAAAAUUCCUGCCCUGAAGUCCAUAUCUUUAAUUCCUAUCCAUGGGGAUAAAAAACAGAAUGUAAGAGACAAGGCUUUGGCUUCGUUUACUAAAGCAUCAAGCGGUGUCCUUUUGUGCACUGAUGUCGCUGCACGUGGACUUGAUAUUCCAGGCAUUGAUUUAGUAGUUCAGUAUGAUCCCCCACAAGACCCAACACUGUUCAAUCAUAGAGUUGGAAGGACUGCAAGAUUAGGAAAAGAAGGGAGGAGCAUAGUUUUUCUACUGCCUGAGGAAGAAGACUAUGUAGAGUUUAUGCGCAUAAGAGGAGUCUCUUGUCAAGAGAAAAAAUAUUCUGAGGAAGCAUCCGAUGUCAUCCCUAUUAUACGUUCACUAGCCUUGAAGGACCGAGCAGUGUAUGAGAAGGGAAGAAGGGCAUUUGUUUCCUUUGUCUGCGGUUAUAAGGAGCACCGAUGCUCUUACAUUUUUAGAUGGAGAAGCCUUGAAAUCGGAAAGCUAGCCAUGGGAUAUGGACUCUUGCGUGUUCCAUCAAUAUCUGAAGUGAAACAACACAUACUUUCCAGUGAGGGGUUUACACCCGUUGAAGGCGUAAACUUCGAGGACAUAAAGUUCAAGGACAAGUCUCAGGAGAAACAAAGAAAGCAAAAGUUACAAGCAAAGAAAGAGAAGCGGCAACAAGAGAAAAGAGAGAGAGGCAAGAAAAACUCGAAAAAGACGGUUAAUGCUUCUUCUGCAACCAGAGAUUCUCACAAAAGGAAGUUGACAGGGAGACAGAGAAAAACUAUCCAAACAGCGGAAGAUGAAGAAGAGAUGGCUAGAGAUUAUCGGUUACUUAAAAAACUGAAGAAAGGUUCAAUCAAAGAAGAUGAUUUUGCAGAACUUACUGGAGCUGAUGAAUUUUAGCUGAGAUUCUGUCUUGUGCUUGCUUCACCGGCCAAGACAUUGUUAUCCGCUACCUGCUAUCCAAGAGUCUUGAGUCUUGUUUUUCGUUAACUUGUGUCCCAAGCUUCUCUAAUUGAAUAUCUUUCAUUUAGGGUGUGAGCAGAUACAUAUCCUUAUCAUUUGUUAAC